AUGUCACUGCCAAACAACAUCAGCUUUCAUCCCAAUACCUUUCUUCUCGUUGGCAUUCCAGGGAUAGAGGCCAUCCACACUUGGAUAUCAAUACCCUUCUGCCUUAUUUAUUUAACUGCUCUCCUGGGAAAUUUCUCCAUUUUAUUUAUUAUCAGAACAGACUCCAACCUGCAUGAACCCAUGUACUUCUUCCUCUGUAUGCUCUCUGUGGCCGACUUGAUCCUUUCCACUACUGCUAUGCCCAAAAUCCUCAGCAUUUUUUGGUUCCAUGACAGGGAGAUCUAUUUUGAAGCCUGCCUUGUCCAAGUAUUUCUCAUUCACUCACUAUGCAGCAUGGCCUCAGGGUUUAUCUUGGCCAUGGCCUUUGACAGGUACGUGGCAAUCUGCAAUCCUCUGAGACAUUCCAUUAUCCUGACACACAGAGUCAUCCAGAACGUGGGGCUGGCUAUCAUCUUCCGUGGAGUCGUACUUUUCUGUCCUCAACCCUUUAUGCUUUGGUGGCUUCCCUACUGUAGAACUAAUGUCAUCCCUCACACCUACUGUGAAUUUAUGGCUCUGAUCAAGCUGGCUUGUGCAGAGACCAGGAUCUGCAGAACAUACAGCCUAACUGCUGCCUUCCUCACUGGAGGUUUAGAUUUCAUAUUAAUCCUCUGUUCCUACGUUGUCAUCCUUUACACUGUCUUCCAUCUUCCAUCCAAAGCUGCUCGGCUCAAGAUGGGCACUUGUGGAUCCCAUGUGUGUGUGAUCCUGGUGGCCUAUACUCCAGCCUUUUUCUCCUUCCUUACUCACAGAUUUGGACACCAUGUGGCUCCUCAUAUUCACAUCUUUGUGGCUAACAUCUAUGUCCUUGUUCCACCCAUGGUGAACCCAAUGAUCUAUGGCAUAAGAACCAAGAGGAUCAGAGAACGAUACCUCCAGGUUUUGACUUCUCACAAAUUCUAA